AAAUGGCGGUUUUUGCCAGAGCAAGAGUGGGAAGGAGACGUGGGACGAUCCGUUGAUUCCGUGGAGUCCGGCGGUUGCUCCCCACGAUCUUCACGCUUUGGCGGUUCUUUCUUCGCGUUUCGGUAAGGUCUCGGCUAUGCCCUUGUGCUGCGUCUCUUCUUCCUGCUCAGCAACAGUUUUCGCAGCGGCUCCGAGAUUCUGGGUUGGUCGUUCUGUUGUCCAACUCGGAGCAAGCGAAAUGGGGUCCAAAAGGGGCGUUUCUAAUUCAUCGAUACCUGAGUCGGCGACUUCUGAGGACAAGGAAGGGAAGAAAUUGAAAGGAUUAGUGGCUUCAGUUCCUAGUUCUGGCACAAGUCAUAUCAAGGAAAAUUCUGGUGAAAGCAUCACCGACGUCGUAGGCCUUAAAAAUGACCUGGCCAGAAUUGAGGCGAUGACAUUUCAGGAAUUGAGAGCUACAUUGAGGAGAAUUGGAAUCCCGGCCAAAGGGCGUAAACCGGAUCUAAUAUCUGCGUUGAAGUGUUAUUUCGAUCAAGAAAUGAACGUUUCAAAGAGGGAAGAGAACUCUGAUGAGAAGAAUUGUGUUGAAAUUGGCUCCGAGUCAAAAUCUAAAAUGCAAAGAAGUAAGAGGGAAAAACAGUCUACUAGGGAAAUAACAAUGAAAGUUGAUGGUAUUGUCAUCAGAUCGAAGCAGAUGCAGUCAACUGUGACUGAUGAAAUUGCUGGUGAAAUGGCAAAAGGGAAAAUGGCGAAAGGGGAAAUAUUAUCCAUUUCGAAGAAACAAGUUACAGGAAUUUGUAUUGAAGGAGGAGGAGGUGAAGUUAAUGGAAUGAUAGAACCAUGGACAAUUCUCACACACAAGAAGCCACAGAAGCACUGGGUUGCUUACAAUCCUAGGACCAUGAGGCCUCCACCUCUUUCACGGAAUGUGAAUUCUGUGAAGUUGAUGUCUUGGAAUGUCAAUGGUUUGAGAGCAUUGUUAAAGAUGGAGGGGUUUUCUGCUGGUCAGCUUGCUCAAAGGGAAAUGUUUGAUGUAUUGUGCUUGCAGGAGACCAAACUCCAGGAGAAGGAUGUGGAAGCAAUCAAAGAUCGGCUUAUGGAAGGUUAUGAGAACAGCUAUUGGACCUGCAGUGUUUCCAAACUUGGUUAUUCUGGUACAGCAAUUAUCUCACGGAAAAAGCCCCUUUCGGUUACAUAUGGCUUGGGCAUAUCAGAUCAUGAUUCUGAGGGACGGCUUAUCACUGCAGAAUUUGAUUCAUUCUAUCUCUUGAGCAGUUACGUUCCAAAUUCUGGUGACGGCCUGAGAAGACUGACAUAUAGGACCACAGAGUGGGAUCCGUCUCUUGGCAGCUACAUAAAAGAACUUGAAAAGUCGAAGCCCGUGAUUUUGACUGGUGAUCUGAAUUGUGCCCAUCAGGAAAUAGACAUUUACGAUCCUGCGGGAAAUAAAAGAAGCGCUGGAUUUACAAUUGAAGAAAGGGAAUCUUUUGAGGCCAACUUUCUGUCAAGGGGUUUUGUUGAUACCUAUAGAAGACAGCAUCCUCAUGCUGUUGGUUAUACUUAUUGGGGUUAUCGGCAUGGUUUGAGGAAGACAAAUAAAGGGUGGCGGCUCGAUUAUUUUCUUGUUUCAGAAUCUAUAGCAGGCAAAGUUCAUGACUCGUACAUCCUUCCUGAUAUCAGCGGUAGUGAUCAUAGUCCUAUUGGCCUCAUUCUCAAGCUUUAGUUCUGUCAUCUCUUUUGGGAUCUGGGUGAAUGGAUUAUGGGAAGGUAGUGCGGCAGCUUCAUCUUGGAUGCUGGUUGGUGAAAAGUAUUGAGCUUUUCUUGUCAUGGUCACUUUUUGAGAAAUUUGCUCAGCAAAGGGGGCAAAGAAAAGGAUGACGAGAUGACAGGAUAGACAGUAUUUGCUUUGUCUGGGCCUGUGGAGCGAUCUGGGUUCUUCUUGAUUAUUCUACAAUGUGUUUUUUGGAGGAAGAGUUAUGAUGGAACAUUGAAAUCACAUUUGAAGAAAUCCGUGCAAGUUUUUGAACAUACAUUCUGAUGCCGAAGCCCUUAGGGGAGUAAUGCUGACAUGCUGUGUGCAAGUUGUAGGUAUAACCUUCCUGGUUCACAAUGCAAUUUGAUCGUCUAGCGGAUGUUUUUUUUUUUUUUUUCUAAUUGAAAAGGAAGCCUGGAAAGACAGUUGUCUACGAACCGUCUGGUGCUGAGUCUUUUAGUAAUGUAAGGCAUCCAAUGACUUAUAAUGGAUCUUUGCUCGGCUCUUGUCGUUAGAGAAGCUCAAAGGAGCAUGUAUCAGCAAUUUGUCAUUGGGCCUUGAAUUUUGAAUAUGAACAUGGUAGACCCUGAAGAUGAUGAUGUUGCCAUAACUAGGCACGGAGAUGUCGGCGAUGUUCUAGACAGAUGUAAUUAGCAAGUUUCAUUUAUUAAAGGAAUCCUGCUGCUCAAGUAUGUU